AUGCAUCUGCAGACUACAUGUGAUCCAAACAAACAGAUGUCGUAAUAGUACUGAAUAUGAGAUGAACGAUUUACAGUGAAAGGGUAGGAAGGAGGGGACAUGGAACACAUGCUAUGUCAUUCCAGCCACAGGGGUUGUGUAAUACCUGAAUAGCAUUAAUGGCAUUAAUUUUGUUUUAGUAAGAGUGGGCGUGAUAUAACUUUACCAACAGAGCACUGUGUACACAAUUGUAAACUAAAAGCACUGAUACAUGGACUAAGCUACACUCAGGUCGGCAAGUUGAUGGAUUGAUAUCUGCUCCCGUAUCUGGAAAACGUAAACAGGCUUAAUACGUUCCAGUUUACACAGAUUUGAAGACAACCGCAGGAGGGAAAAAACUAAACAAGGAUCAGGACAGUAAGUGAGUUUGCUUUUCCAUGGAGCUUGUCACAGUAGAUUCAUUCUGAAGAAACAUCAAGACAUUCCCAGAUUUGGAGUGACAACCUUGAAGCAGAGAAAAGGAUACGUCUUGCUUGUGGAAGAAUUUCUUCUGUGAAUCUAGCCAUUAUGGCCCAAGUGGGAAACAGCUCAUCAAACAGCAGCAACCCAGCCGAUACAAGUAUCAUAGUGACUUAUUCCGUUGUCGCCAGCUUUGCUGCACUUUUCUGCCUGUUUGGAUUGUUAGGAAAUGCAGUUGUUAUCUGGAUCCUUUCGUUUAAGAUAAAGAGGAGCAAGUACACUGUGUAUAUUCUCAACCUUGCCGUUGCCGACUUCAUUUACCUUCUCUUUGUUGCCGUUGUAAUGAUCUUAAUGGUUUCCCAAAUGGUGAGUCGCCGUUCCAUUAGUCCAACGGUGAUCUUUGCUCUGGAAGUGAUGUAUGACUUUGGAUAUGCAGCAAGUAUGCUCUUCCUGACCUCGAUAAGUGUUGAGAGAUGCCUUUCUGUCCUUUUCCCCAUAUGGUAUAAAUGUUACCGGCCCAAGCAUAUAUCAUCCUUCACCUGCGGCCUUAUCUGGCUAUUGGGUUGCCUCUUCUCCCUUCUUGAUAAUUUUGUUUGUCCUCCAGAUUCUUUUCAAAACAUGUCUAAAGAAUGCACUGGAGUCCAAGUCUUUUCUACCGUUGUUACGUUUGUUUUCAUCAUUCCUUUGAUGCUCUUGUCUAGUUUUAUCUUAAUCUAUAUCGUCAAAUCCACAUCUAAAAAAUCAAGACCUCCAAAAAUUUACAUCGCCAUAAUACUCACCGUUAUGGUUUUUCUCAUCUCUGUGGCCCCAAUCAGAUUGCUAUGGUCUUUACUCUACUUUAAGUCAUUUACAAACAAAAUGUCUGCCUUGGCCUUCUUCUUCACCAGUACAUACUGUACUAUUUUCAACAGCGGUGCCAAUCCUUUCAUAUAUUUUUUUGUGGGUAGGCACAGGAAAAAGAGGUUUGGGGGUUCAGUCAAUGAAGCCCUUACUAGAGUGUUUAAGGAUGAUGACACUGAACAGUCAUCUCUCGGGAAUAGCACUAGCAUGAAAUAGAGCCAUAACAAAGUCAUUUUCUGGCCAAUAUUAGGAAGAUUGUCCUUAACAUUUUGGAAUUUAUCCUGCAAGAACUUCAAGAAAUUCCUUAUUUGUCUCGAUUAACAAAUAUAAAUGAUAUAAGAGAUCUAUGUAAGGGAGAUAUAUGAUCAUUUAUAAAAAUAUUUUCCUUGGAACACGAUUAUAAACAUAAGCUGGGCUGUUCAUUAACUUGAUCCUUUAAGAAAUUCUUGUGGUUAUUAUCAUCCUGUAAAUCUAGAUAAUGACUGCAGCUUAUUUAGCAGUUUGCUCACAAUAGUGGCACCUAUGAUACUCAUAGACUUAAAUGAUAUAAAAAUAAAAAAAGUUUGAGAUACACAACGGCAAUGCCCAGGUUGGACACACCUUAAGCCUCUCCAGUGUGCCUAUUGCAAAACUCUGCUUUCUCUGUCAUUUUUCUUGAAGAAAAUAAGCCCAGCCAAUCUAAAUCAAGACGGUACACUUCUCAGUCAACAUUCUGCUUGGCUUCUACAAAGUUUUACAUUUGUUGAAAUGUUUGACUAAAGCUGCAAGAGCUGAUCACAGUUUACGACUCGGUGGAUAUUAAGGAGGGGACUAGAUUUAUAAAACAAAAGUAGGACUGAUGAACCUUAACCACUUAAGCCCCGGACCUUUAGGCAGCUAAAUGCCCAGGCC